AUGAGCACACCCCCGCGAUCUUCCCGUGAACUGACAGAAGUGACGAAGCUUGACCUCUCCAUCGCUCUUCAAGAGCUGGCUCGGUUGGGCAAGCUACCGCGCGGCACCAUCAACAUGGUCGCGACGCGCUUCGGCAUUGACCGCUCCACUGUACGGAAGGUUUGGCAAUGCUACCAACAAGGGUCCAUGAAGUCGCGCAAAAAAGGACGCGUGGGUCGCAAACACCGGCACAAGAUCCAAGACAUCAUUGCGAAGAUCCGGGAAGUGCCGCAAGGUCAACGCACGACAAUGCGAGACCUGUCCUUGGCAACGGGCCUGUCAAUCAGCACGCUCAGACGGGCCUUGCACAAGGGCACCGUGACGCGCCGAUCUUCACGCUUGAAGCCCCUAUUGACCGAUCCAACAAGAAUCAACGUAUGGGCUUUUGCAGUUCUCACGCUGUGCUUACCGAGGACAACGUCGCUGCGUAUCGAGCCACGGUCACCGAAAGCGUCGCACCUGUUGAUGACCCCACCACCGACGCCUUCGGCGACGGUGGCACAAACGUCGGCGCAGCCGACGUCCAAGCCGGCUUCGCCAGCUUGGAGUACCGCCGGGGCCGGUACUCUGCCUGAAAUCGAGUUUUCGGGCAUGUGGGACGUGGUGCACCUGGACGAAAAGUGGUUCAAUGCUGAGAAGGACUGCAGGAAGGUCUACCUUGUCGACGGCGAAGAAGCGGAUGGCUUCGACGGGAAGAUUGGCAUCUGGCCGUUUGUGUCCAAGACUCCCGCCGUCCAGAACUCUAGAAACCGACCUGCUGGAACCAUGGUGACGACGCUUGUCAACGUGGACGGUGCCACGUACCGUGAUUACGUUCUCAACAAGUUCGUGCCAGCUAUCAAGGAGAAGUUUCCAAGCGUGAGCAAACGAGUCGUGCUUCAACAUGACAAUUUUACCCCCCACAGCACGAUCGACGACGCAGCGCUCGCCCAGGUCUCGACUGAUGGAUGGACGUUUGUUGUACGUCGGCAGCCGCCGAACAGUCCCUACUUGAACGUUCUUGACCUUGGCUUCUUCGCUUCAAUCCAGUCUCUACAGUACAAGGUGGUCAGCCGCUCUGUUGAUGAUGUCAUUGCGUCGACAUUGAUGGCAUUCGGCAUGCUCAACGAUGAGAAGCUUGCCAAUGUUUUUCUUACCUUGCAGGCUGUCAUGCGUCUUGUGCUUGAGCACCGUGGGGGUAACCAUUUCAAACUCCCGCAUCUGCACAAGGACGCGAUGAGACGUGCUGGCACCCUGAUGUUGAAUGUCACCUGCCCUGUGUCGCUUCUCGUUGCGGCCAACAUGCUCCAGCAGUAG